GUUCUUAUUCACGCUGAUCUGCGUCGAUUGCAGCAUCUGUAAUAUCAAAGUACUUGAAGUAUCAAAGUGCAUUUACUUAAAUGUUUCUAUUGUCCUAAGUACACAUUAUCAUAGUUUUAUGUUAACACGAACCAAUAUAUAACUAAGUUAUACUGUAUGUGUAUAAUAAAUUUUAAAUUGGCUUUACAGGUUUUUUUUGUAGACCCAUGCAAACCAAAAAGGCAAACUAGUCAUGCCAAGGGCCAGGAUCUCGAUCUACCACGAAGAAAAGGGUCCGUGAAAGUGGAAUAUAUAAGCAACGCCAGAAAAAGGUUGCAGUGCCUUUCAGCAAGAAAAUUCGGAUUUUUUAAGAAGGCUUAUGAAUUAAACACGAUGACGGGGAAAUACGUAAAGGCCCAAGUCGGGGAAGAAUACUGGUGUCCGAAAAAGAAAAGCUUGAACGUUGAUGAAUGUACGUUUAACUUAGGAAGUGAUAACAAUGAUGCUAUCCCUGCAGCUCAUGGUUCCGGCGCUCCUGCUACUUCUACUGCUGCUGCUACUUCUUCUUGUACUGCUAGUGCUAACCAAGAUAAUCCGGCUCUUAGUCCUCAGCACUUUCAAGUUUUUGAGGUUACAUCUAACACCGUCGGAAUACAGUGCAAUUUAGCAGAUAGUGUGGCAAAUUUGGUUACGGCAAAUUCUCCGGAACAAUGCCGGUAUUGUGGCGGGAUGUUCCAGAAUGACAGCAAGCAUACACAGGACUUGUGGGUGGGAUGCGACAAAGACCAGUGUGAUUAUUGGGUUCAUGCGUUUUGUUUACUUGGAAAAUCCAAUAAGAUAACCGCUAAAUUUGUCAAGAAUUUACCAUUUAAGUGUCCUUUCCAUAAAUAAAAAUAUUAUAUCUUA